AUGUCCUGCUACGAGCGGUGUCCUCCCACCUCCUGCAGCCCAACCCCGCUGGCAAACAGCUGCAACGAGCCCUGUGUCAGGCAGUGCCAGGACUCGACCGUGGUGAUCCAGCCCUCCCCCGUGGUGGUGACCCUGCCCGGACCCAUCCUCAGCUCCUUCCCCCAGAACACCGCUGUGGGGUCCUCAGCAUCUGCAGCUGUUGGGAGUGUGCUCAGUGCCGAGGGAGUGCCCAUCUUCUCUGGAAGCUCCUCGGGAUUUGGGAGCUUUGGCUACCCAGGCCUGGGCAGCGGGUACAGCCGGCCCUUCCGUCGCUACAACACCUACCGCAGUGGCUUCCAUGGGCCGUGCUAG